AACAUACUUCUCCUUGCAGGCAGUUCCAAGGCUGCGUCCUUGCACUGGACAGGUGAGCGAGCUGUCAGUGUCCUCUUGCUGGGCCUCCUUCCUGCAGCCUAUCUGUAUCCUGGACCAGCCGUGGACUAUUCACUGGCUGCAGCCCUCACUCUCCAUGGUCACUGGGGUCUUGGACAGGUUAUAACUGACUACGUCCAUGGAGAGCUACCCAUUAAACUGGCCAAUACAGGUCUGUAUGUACUCUCAGCCGUUACCUUCGCUGGCCUCUGCUACUUUAACUAUCACGAUGUCGGUAUCUGCAAGGCUGUGGCCAUGCUGUGGAGCCUCUAAGAUGCAAUCAAGUCCCUGACGAACAUGAUGAUUCACUGCUGCCUCUGCUUCAUCAUAUUUUUAUCGAGAUGUUUGAUGCAGGAGAAAUGAUUAACAAAGGGUCCAUAGUAUGUACAUACCACAGUAGCAAACGCAGAACUAGUCUUUUAGAAAUCAGUUUUCAUCAUUUCUUUGGUUUAUUGCAACAGCAGUAAAAUGUUGGAAGAGAAGUAGAUUUAAAGUGAAUUCCGUCCAGGCAAGAGUGAGUUUGUUUAAGCUGAAUUGUAAAUUGGGAGGAGUUAGUUACAUCAAUAACAGACUUACACAGCUGAAGAUAACUUGCCUUUUAACAUCAGUUUGGAUUGUUGUUGCUCCUCUUCCCCCCGCUGCCCCUCCCCCCCCAUCCAACGGCUUCCUAUUCUGUAAAACAAAUUUGACCUGGGGAAAGUUAAGCUGUUAUACCUGACAUUACAACAACUGAACUGUGCGUAAGGCACUCUCUGUAACUUUUCGGGCCCUAAGAGUUGAUGUAGAAAAAGGAAUACUUUUUUCUUAAUCCAUACAAUAAAGAAUUUACAGAAACUGG